GCCGCUCUCCCCGGCACCAUCGCCUGUCCCCGGCUCUGCGCCUGCUACGUCCCCACCGAGGUGCACUGCACGUUCCGGUACUUCACAGCCGUCCCGCCGCACAUCCCUCCAAACGUGGAGCGCGUCAAUCUGGGUUACAACAGCUUGCUUAAACUGACCGAAACGGAUUUUUCUGGCCUGGAGAAACUGGAGUUGCUGAUGCUGCACAGCAAUGAGAUAAAUACAAUCCCUGAGAAGGUGUUCCGUGAUUUAUAUUCAUUACAGGUCUUAAAAAUGAGUUAUAACAAGGUCAGAGUACUGCAGCAGGAUGUUUUUUAUGGUCUAAAAAGCUUGGUACGGUUGCAUAUGGACCACAAUAAAAUUGAAUUUGUAAAUCCCAAUGUUUUCUACGGACUCACAUCACUGAGGUUGGUCCACUUGGAAGGAAAUUUACUUAAGCAGCUUCAUCCAGAUACUUUUGUCACCUUGCGCUAUAGCCAAAUAUUUAAAAUAUCCUUCGUGAAGCACAUAUAUUUAUCUGACAACGUGUUGACUUCGCUACCACAAGAAAUGUUUUCCUACAUGUCUGAGCUAGAGAGCAUUUACCUUCAUGGAAACCCAUGGUCCUGUGAUUGCAAUCUACAGUGGUUUGCAGAAUGGGCAAAAGAGAAACCAGAUGUUAUAAAGUGCAAAAAAGACAGAAGUUCCAGUGCUCAGCAAUGCGCAGUUUGUGCUACUCCCAAAAAUCACAAAGGGAAAAGCUUAGUGGAAAUUCCUUCUGCAUCUUUAACCUGCACUAAGCCAGCCAUACAUGACUCCCUGAAAUUUAAAAACCUCACCAUGCCAGAUGAUGGGGAUUUCAGUUCCGUAUCGCCUAAGGACUUCAUAGCUCCUAUAGGAUCCAUGGUUUUGAACAUGACUGACCAAGCAGGAAGUCGAGGUAACUUGGUUUGCAACAUCCAAAAACCUAAAGAAAUGUCUCCCGUCUCAUUUGACAAAGAUGGCAACAGCACAGUACUCAAAACAUCAUUCUCAGCAUUUCUUGUCUGUGGCAUUGACCAUGAACAUAUUCAGCAGCUAUGGAGCAUACUGGCACUGUACAGUAAUUCUCCCUUAAAGCUGGAAAGGAACGUCCUAGCACCUAACACGCCUUUUUACAAAUAUAAACAAAUCUACUCUGAAAAAGAUGAACUUUUUACCAAUAUAGAGGCUGAACUGAGAGCUGAACCAUCUUGGUUAAUGCAAAGCAAAGUGUCAUUACAGCUAGACAGGACAGCAACCACACUGAACACACUGCACAUCCAGUACUUCACGGAUGCUCAGAUUAUUUUGCCCAGUGCUGACAAAAAACAGGCGAGAAAUAACUGGACCAUCAUCUCCAGGGACAACAAAACACAAACGGAGCACACUGUUUUAGCUGGGGGGACCGUAGAACUGGAAUGCCAAGCAAUUGGAGAACCAGCUCCUGCAAUAGAGUGGAUAUUGGCUGAUGGAAGCAAAGUUAGAGCUCCUUACGUCAGUGAGGAUGGAAGAAUCAUAGUAGUUAAAACGGGAACAUUCACCUUACGGACAGCUGAUACUUUUGACACUGGGCUUUAUCACUGCAUAGGCACAAAUUACAACGAUGCAGAUGCUCUCACGUUCAGAAUUACUGUGGUCGAUCCUAACGUGGAAGACAACAGUGUAAAUGGAGCCCAACUUUCUACAUUUGUUGGCAGCACACUCUACCUUCCCUGUACAUCCACUGCUGUUCCAGAUGCUGCCAUUAGCUGGGUGCUACCUGAGCAUGUGAUUCUUCAUCAUUCUGCAAGAAACAAGCAUAUUUUUGACAACGGUACCUUAAGAAUACAAAGGGUAACAGAGCGAGACAGUGGCUACUUUAGAUGUGUUGUGGCCAACCAGUAUGGUGUUGAUCUUCUGGUGUUCCAAGUGCUAGUUAGAAAGGAUGAAACCACUCUAAAGAAAAAGCAUGUAGGUGUGGGAGAAUGGGAAGAGGGCGAUGGCUCUGGCAAUGCAAUGCUGGCCUCUGCCACUAGGCAGAAACAUCCUUUAGCUACUUUGGCUACCUUGACAGCUAAUCGGGAAUCUGCUGCCUCAACAUCCAGCAAUCGGGUCGCACAGAGUGCAUAUAAAAGGAACAGCUAUGGGAAAAUAACUUACAGGCACUACAGGGACAAAAUAAGCAGACGGUUUAGAGGACACAGAAGACAGUUUGCUUCCUCAGCUAGGAGAGUUGAUCCACAGCGCUGGGCAGCCUUCUUGGAAAAAACGAAGAGGAACUCGGCAUUGAUGGAAAAACGAGGAGAAGCUGCAACGAAACCACCUAGUCAAGUCCACAAGCUCUCAAAAGUACCUGGGGAUGAGGAGGAAACAUCUGGUGAUUUCAUAUCUCCAGCAGAAGAAUUCAUGAUACCAGUAACAGGGACAGCCACUGUAUCUACUCUGGGGAGAGCAACAGAAAGCGUGAUAACUGCAGGGCCUGAGACGACCGCGAAGGCAGUAACUCCCCUGCCCUCUCCUUUUUCACAGCCUGUGUCAUCUGACAGCAGAAGACCACAAACAUCUCUAAACCCUACAAUUACAAACUCAUGGGAAAGAUCUGAUUUAAGUCAAAUGCCAGCAAAUGGUAUAAACCAAUCAACUGUAUCAAAUGGAGCAAAUAGAACAUCUACACUCUUCCCUGCUGGGCAAAGGUUGGUAUAUUCUGGGGAAAGUAAUAACCAGCAUUUAAAAUCUAUAUCUACAACACCCACGACAGAUGUUCCGGACACCAGCAAGUCUGUAACUUCCCAAAACGCAGUGGAUGACCUACAUGUUUUUACUGAGUCUAUUGAUAAGAUUUCCACCAAAGCAGAUCAUCAGAUAUCUGUAGUAACAGUCAGUGAACCAAGUCCUGAAUUUGGUCACAUUCAUUUUCAUAGCACUCAGAAACAAGUAACUCCUAAGCCACUGUUGGACUCAACUACCAUUACUCAUGAGCAAAUUCAGAUUAUUCAGGAUGUUACAACUCAUAUAGCCCAGGCCCAGCAGCAAUAUGGCAGACGAAGGAAGGUUUCUGGUAGGAGACAAAUUGUUAGACCAGGACGUAUUCCAAGUAUGAAAGAGCACAGAUACAAUUUUGGGAGGCCAGGAUCUGUCAGAGGAAGUACAGCUGUGGGUGCAGAUGUACAACUGAAUAAGAAAUAUGUAUCAACGUUACCCACCUUAAAUAAUUUUAGCAGCUCCAUCAACCCAUUUAGCCCAGAAGCACCUCUGUCCUCCCCCUCUACCAUGAAUAUGCCAUUGGAGCACCCAGUGGGUACUCAUCAAAACACAGCAUUCCUCAGGGAAGAGAAAAACAAAGCUGGUGCAAGGCAAAAAGCCACUACGACAGUCAUGCCUUUAAUUACAAAAGGUACCCAAGAUACUCCUCAAUGGAAAUUAGAGACCAGUGCUCCAUUUCAGACAAAUACUGAUAGAGCCCAACCUUUUAGUGUCACACAACCAACAACGACAAUCCAUACAGCUCAUAUGACGACAGAAGUUACACAUACCAUAAGCUCUAAGAUAUCCUCUACCCUUGAAUCAGUCUCACCCAGCAUUAAGCCUAGAACCUCAGCAAAAAAUUCUCAAAGAGGAAAGAUUAGUUGGGAACAUCUCUUUGGAAAUGGUGCACAAAAAGAGGUCCUUCCUCAGGAGCUACCAGAAGAACAGCCAGAUAGGUUUCUAUCAACAGAGGUAUCGACCACACUUCCUAAAACUACGGCAGCGUUAUCUAUGUCCAAAAUGGCUCCUUUGUGCUUUACGCCUGUUUCAACAGGUGGGAAUCACAGCAGUGGUUUCUUGUCUUUAAACAAACCCAUUCAUUAUGGCAAUGGUAAGUCAGAAGAACAUUCUCCCACUGCAAAACCACAGUCUUACUCUAAUCCUGCAACUGGUGCGACCAAAGAAAUGGAUGUAACAAGUUUGAAGCCAACAGCUGUACCUAUUAUUCCUCCUCAAACUGACACCAAAAUCACCAAAAGUAAAAUGUUCAGAGUGGGAAGAAAGAGAGGUCAGAGGAGGAAGAGGCCCCCUAAAACAUCCACUUCACAAAGCGUGAUUGCAGGCCACGGCACUGCAGCGAUUCCGGCGGUGAAUACAGCCACGCCUGUCCUGACAACGGUUAAAUCAUUAACUACGCCUACAAGUCUUACACCUGCAGAACCUCUCUCUGAGAGCGUAAGCGCAGCCUCGCUGACAGAAACGCCAGCGCUGUGGAUCCUUAACGCAGCAGAGGCACCUCGGCAUGUGCCUACAGCAGCCGCGCAGGCGCCAUCAGCCCCCGUCACACGGAGGGACGGCCAGCCAGCCACGGCACCACCCGACAGCCGUGCUGCCCAGAGCCCCACCGCUGCAAUCCAAACCACCCCACGCCUUUCUAAGCCUUCCGGCACCACGAGCGCACGACCUGCCACAGUCUGUGCGACGUCAGGGUCGGAACCUGCUCAGAAAAUCAAAGCCACCGCAAUGGCAGGUGAAAAAUCACACCCGAAAAUGGAGGAGAGAGUUUUUCAAGAAAACCUCGUAGCACAGCCCACAUUCCCAGCACGAACCGAGUCGGGUACCAGCGCUCCUGCUGCAACCACAGGCAUCGCUCCUCCCGGCGCCCAGCGUCCCGCCCCACUGCCAGCCCUAACAGCAGCUGUGCCACCUGCGCAGAGAGGCGGCACAUUGACCGUCAGUACACGGACCGUAGUGAAAGCGUCACAGGUCACGACUCCGUACGCUCCUCUGUGGGGAAGGGACAGGGACAGUUCUGUCAAAGGCUGGUCUGAAAAGAGACAAGAUCAAGAAACCACCACCACCAACCCUGUAGCCUUGGACUCUUUAAGCAGAAAUCAUUUUGCAAAGCCCAGAAUAAUUGGAGGAAAAUUAGCUGCUUUUACUGUGCUAGCUGAUUCAGAUGCUUUUAUUCCUUGUGAAGCUACUGGUAACCCCCGUCCAGCAAUACAGUGGACCAAGAUACCAUCAGGAACCGAUGCUCUGGAAAGCCGAGGUGAUGGCAGAUGGAUGGUGUUUGCCAACGGCACGCUCUCCAUCACCCGGGCGGGCCUGGAGGACCGCGGGCAGUACCUGUGCACCGCGGCCAACACGCACGGCACGGCACGGCUCCUGGUCACCUUGUCGGUAGUGGCCUACCCGCCCCGCAUCACUGGCGGCAGGUGGCAGCUCCUCACCGCUCACUCUGGAAAGGCCGUGGCAGUGAAGUGCAGAGCCGAGGGCAGGCCUCCUCCCACCAUCUCGUGGGUUCUAGCAAAUAAAACGCACAUCUCCGACUUUUCCGCAGGAAAUAACAAAGUUCACGUGGAACCAGACGGCACUUUAAUUAUCAAGGAAGUCACUGUUUACGACAGGGGCCUCUACACGUGCAUGGCAAAAAACCCAGCAGGCACCGACACGCUGGUUGUAAAACUGCAGGUCAUUGCGGCACCUCCCGCUAUUCUGGAAGAGAAGAGACAACGCGUUGAAGGAACCAUGGGGGAAGAUCUGAAACUCCCUUGCACCGUGAAGGGGAAUCCUCAGCCCACUGUCCACUGGGUCCUCUUUGAUGGCACGGUGGUGAAGCCUCUGCAGUUUGUAAACGCAAAGCUGUUCCUGUUCUCCAACGGUACCCUGCACCUCCGCAGCAUCGCCCCUUCUGACAGCGGGAAUUACGAGUGCAUAGCCACCAGCUCAACCGGCUCGGAAAGGAGGGUGGUGAGCCUCGUGGUGGAACACAGAGAUACGCUUCCAAAAAUAGCUACCGCCUCUCCGGAAAUGACUCAGUUGAAUUUUGGGGAUAAGUUGCUUCUGAACUGUACAGCGACUGGGGAGCCAAAGCCCAGGAUCAUCUGGAGGUUACCUUCCAAGGCAGUUGUUGACCAGUGGCACAGAAUGGGAAGUCGAAUCCAUGUCUACCCCAAUGGAUCCUUGGUUAUCGAGGCAGUUACGGAAAAGGAUGCAGGUCACUAUUUGUGUGUCGCAAGAAACAAAAUUGGAGAUGAUCUGAUACUGAUGAAAGUCAGCAUCACAAUGAAACCAGCCAAGAUUGACCAGAAACAGUAUUUCAAGAAACUGGUGCCAUACGGAAAAGAUGUCAGAGUGGACUGCAAGGCCUCUGGGUCACCCGCACCAGAAAUAUCCUGGAGUUUGCCAGAUGGGACGGUGAUCAACAAUGCGAUGCUGGCAGAUGACAGCGGACGCAGGUCUCGCAGAUACGUCCUCUUUGACAACGGCACUCUCUAUCUCAACCAAGUUGGAGUAACAGAAGGAGGAGAUUAUACCUGCUACGCUCAAAACACACUGGGAAGAGAUGAAAUGAAGAUACACAUCACGGUCAUGAUGGCAGCCCCUCAGAUAAAGCACAGCUACAAGACGUACAUUAAAGUGAGAGCUGGAGAUACGGCAUUACUGGACUGUGAAGCCGCUGGAGAACCCAAGCCAAAAAUAUUCUGGUUGCUGCCUUCUAGCGACAUGAUCUCCUCGUCGACAGCCAGGCACAUCCUACACGUCAACGGUUCUCUAUCAGUCGGUCAAGUCAAACUGUUAGAUGCCGGGGAGUAUAUGUGUGUUGCUCGUAAUCCUGGAGGGGAUGAUACGAAAUUGUAUAAACUGGAUGUUGUUGCUAAACCACCCGUCAUAAACGGUUUGUACGUGAACAAAACAAUCAUGAAAGUGACAGCAGUGAGGCACUCAAAGAAACAAAUUGACUGUAGGGCAGAAGGGAUGCCUCCCCCUCAGAUUAUGUGGAUCAUGCCUGAUAAUAUUUUCCUAACAGCUCCCUAUUAUGGGAGCAGGAUUGUAGUACACAAAAAUGGGACACUUGAGAUUCGGAACAUAAGGCCUUCUGACACAGCGGAUUUUAUCUGUGUGGCACGUAAUGAUGGGGGAGAGAGUAUGUUGGUGGUGCAGCUGGAGGUAUUGGAAAUGCUAAGGCGACCGAUGUUUAAAAACCCAUUCAACGAAAAAAUAAUAGCAAACCCUGGAAAAACUACCACACUGAACUGUUCUGUGGAUGGGAACCCUCCACCUGACAUAAGCUGGAUGGUGCCUAACGGCACAUGGUUUUCCAGCGGCAUCAAGACUUCCCACUUUCUCACAGGAAGCAACGGUACCCUGACCAUCUACAGUCCCGACAGAGACAAAGCGGGAAAGUACCGCUGCGCUGCCAGGAAUAAAGUCGGCUACAUCGAGAAGCUGAUCAUCCUGGAGGUUGGCCAGAAGCCCAGCAUCCUCACUCAGCCAGCGGGGCCGGUGACGGGCGUUAGCGGGGAGUCGCUGUCGCUUCACUGCCCGUCGGAGGGGAGUCCCAAACCACACACGGCGUGGACUCUGCCGGGCGGCUAUGUGCUGGAUCGGCCGCAUAUCAGCAUGAAGCACAUACUGCUGGAAAACGGGACGCUGGUUAUACGAGAAGCCACCGUUCACGACAGAGGAAAUUACGUGUGUAAGGCUCACAACAGUGCCGGCGAUGACUCUGUAACCGUCCCCGUCGUUAUCGUGGCCUAUGCCCCGAGGAUUACGAACAGACCGCCGCACACCAUACACACCAUGCCUGGCGCAGCAGUUCAGCUCCACUGCAUAGCGCUGGGAAUACCAAAACCAGAAAUUACCUGGGAAUUACCUGACCGCUCAGUACUCUCUACAGCUCACCCGGGCCGAGUGUCUGGGAGCAAAGUGCUUCAUCCCCACGGCACGCUGCUCAUCCGGAAUCCCCGACCCUCGGAUUCUGGCGCGUACAAGUGCACAGCGAAGAACCAUCUCGGCAGCGACUUCACAGUAACGUACAUUCACAUCAUUUGA